UUGGUAUAAAAUAUAACCUUCGUCUCUCUUUCUGCGACUGAUCCAUGGUUCCUUAUCUCUUCCUCGGACGUUUCUUCUCUGGUUUUGUAUCUGUGUACCUUUGAACGAACAUCUGAAACUGAUCUCUCUGAGAGCUUAAGCUAAGAGAUGCUAUCGGGAGGUGCGAAGAAAAGACGAGUGGGAAGCAGCAACCGCCUCUCCUCAUUCGUCGACAUUGAUUCCGCCAAAUCCUCCGACGGAACCCUAACCGCAUCCGCUGGUUUCAACGAUCCCUCAACAGCCGACGUUCUCCUCCGCCUCUACUUCGAAUACUCCCCGUUCGGCGACGAGGACCCUGAAUCCCUCUCCUCUUCUGUCAGUUCUGACAAUUCUUUCGAUCAGGGCGAUGUCCAAGUCCAUCUCCACUCCAAUGUCCUUCGCAAGUCCAAAUAUUUUGCAGCGCUUCUAUCUGAUCGAUGGCAGAGAAAUUCUGACCCUGGCGAGGAUUCGGAGAACUCCAGCAAGGUUUAUUUUCUCAAUCUGAAGGUUUCAUCGACAAUUGGGUCUUUCAACAUCCAUCUGACAGUCCUUCAACUGCUUUACACCAAUAAUUUCUCCACCACGAUCGACAGUGCCGACACUGCACUUUCGAUCCUACCUGUCGCCCUUGAGCUCCUCUUUGAGGAUUGUGUUAAAGCUUGUGUUCGGUUCCUGGAGGCUGUGCCGUGGAGUGAAGAGGAAGAGAAGAGGGUUUUAGCUGUUGUUCCCCUCCUCAAGCAGGAGGAAUCUCGAGAGCUUCUCGCUAGGGUGUCGCCUUCCAACAGCGCUUCGUCGGUGGACAUGCUUCAUGGUCUGAUCGUCGCUGCAAUUAAUAACCACUCCAACAUGGCCUUCGUCAAGGCUUUUGUGGCGAAGCUUUUGAGGGAUUUUUCGUCCAGGGAUUCCGCCAAGCGUGUUUUGGAUCGAGCAUUUCAUCAAAGCUUGAAGAUUGUGAAGGAGUCGUUGGAGGAGUAUUCCAGUCCGGAUUUUAGAGGGGAUCAUUGUGACCCGGAAGCAAUUCAGCGGGUCAACCUCCACACAGCAAUGACCAAUGGGAAGCAUCUGUUGUGGUUGGUGGAGAGAAUGAUUGAGUUAAGAGUGGCUGAUACUGCCGUGAAGGAAUGGAGUGAUCAGUCGUCAUUCACUGCGGAUUUGCAGAGGGCAUUUCGUGAUGAUGCAUGCAGGAAUUUUGCACCGGGGCUCCCAGCCGUCAUGCUUCGUUGCACUUGCAAACUUGCAAAUGCAGUUGCUGCUGGCUCGAUUGUGGCUGCUAGGCAGAUUAGGAUGAAGCUUGUCAAGGAUUGGCUACCAGUGCUGAUUGUAUGCAAAGACAGCUUAUCGGUGUUGGCCAGUCACAAACCACUAUACCAGGAGCUGGAAGAAACAUUCUUAAGAAUUAUCUCCACGCUUCCUAUGCCAGAUGCGCAGGAGUUACUGCCCCAGUGUCUCAGUUUUUCUACUAGAAAUGUUGACGACUGCCCACACUUGGUCUCGGCAUUCAAUACAUGGUUCCGUAGAGCAACUCGACCACCACAGGGUGACAUCCUUGAUUGAAAGCAAUGGGAGAGGCAUGAUGCUUGCAAUGAAAUUUAUUGUCUUACUGCUUGCAACAACAAUUUGAUUCUGGAACCAUGUACCAGUAACUGGAUGAAACUGUGCAAUAAUGUGCACAUGUAGCAUUCUUCGGGGAAACUACCUUAGUACCUUGUAUGAAAUUGUGCAUAUAGGCUUUGUAUGUUUUCGUAGGACAUUAGGACCAUCUAGGUCCUAUAUAUGUUUAGUUUCCAACCGGACCAUCCAUGCAUGAUUGCUUGUACAUUCCUCUUGAUUCAAUAGUUUUUGUUGAAAACUUGUACACUUUUUCUCCUGUUUGAUGGAUUCUCUGAAACAGAUUUCACA